AAGUGUCUGGAACCUCACGAUAGUCGUUCCUUGUCUCACACUCUGCCAAUAGAAAGUGAGCAGAGGAAAGAGAUUGUGAUAAUUAAAUGGUGUAUUGCAUUUAAUAAGCAAAGAGAGAGGGAAAAAAAAAUUGUAAAAAAAAAGUGAUUUUUCUGGCUAAGUGACUCAGAUUCUUCUCAAGUGUACAAAAUACCAGUGGCCUCAGGGUACCGAUGACAAGCUCUAGAGACAAGCUCUAAAAUAAUAAGCCCUAGAAUGAUGGACCCUAGAAUGACGACUGGACCCAGGAUGCUGUUAGUGGUCUUGCUGACCACCAUGAUAUGGUCUACUUCAGUCUUCUCGCAGAGUAUGAAUGACUGUUCCUUCGAGGAGACGGAAGUGGGCGUAUCCACCUGUAACCUGCUCCUGGAUGCCUCCCUGUUCUGCGUGGAGUCUUGGAAGACUGGCACUGGAAGCACUACCUCCUGGCUAGGUGGACCUCCUGUUGAUGCCAGGCACAACCCCAAAGGAGGGUACGUGUUCACCACUACCACAGACAUGCUACGCUCACUACAACAGCCUAGAAGAUCUUGGCUCAUCACUGCCCCCACCAACACCACAGGACCAUCAGGAAGGUGUCUCCAGUUUGAUUAUUCUAUAGGCGGCCUUGGUGUAGAGUGGCUGGAGGUCCUGUUGGUAACCUACCACAGCGAGAACAUCAAUGAAGCUCUCAAGAAUAGCAGUGUUCCCUUAGACUACCAGGUCAUGCCUCUCUGGAGAACCAAGCAGACUACACACGGGGAAUGGCAAGGAGCACAAGUCACCUUCUCUACACUCCAUGAGCACAGUUUGGUGUUCUCCGCCUUUCCUGACACACACUACGCAAAAUAUCACGGCUACGUGGCAAUGGAUGACCUUAGCUUCACUGACGGACCCUGCCAGCAGGACUGCAUGUUUGACUUGGAUUUGUGUUCUUGGAGCAACAGUGAGACCACCGACGACUUUGAUUGGAAAAUCGGGCGGAGCAGUGAGAAGAGAGGUACAGGGCCCUCUCGAGACCAGGCCUCCUCACUCAUCACACGCAUCACCACCGGUGGGUAUGCAUACGUGGACAGCAGUUACCCACGGCAGCCUGGGGAUGUGGCGUGGCUGGUGUCUGCAACCUUGGAGCCCACCACGGAGCCUCUGUGUCUUCACUUCUGGAUCAACAUGCAUGGUGGUGGCAUGGGCAGUGUCAGAGUCCUGCAAAUGCCCCUCAACAGUCCAGUGGAGAGCAAAGAAUUAUGGAGACUUUGGAAGGGAGCCAGUUGGGGUACUGACACAUGGUACCCCUGCCAGCAAACUGUAGCAUCUACUGAGGAGUUUCAGAUAAUCUUCGAAGCUUCAGUGGGUGUUCCUGGAGCAGGAGAUGUGGGCCUUGACACUAUUUCCUUCUCACGGGGAGCUUGUCCAAGUUUACCGCUAAGCUCAAGUCCUGGGUGGGGCGACUGUACCUUCCUGGAUGAUACAUGCAGCUGGCAGGUUCCCAGCAUCACCAGCAGCUAUGACUGUAACUUUCUCUCGAGAGUAGCUGGCAACAAAUACAACCCACCUGGCCAUACUGAAAGUGUGUAUGAGAUCACAGACAUGUAUAUGAAGUUCAACCUCAACUGCUAUAAAACCCAUGCCCGAGACAGAGCAGCCCUGGUGUCCCCUGUCAUCACCACCAGCUCAGACCUCUGCCUUUCUUUCUGGGUCUUCAUGUACACAAACAUCGCCUCUCAGAUCCAUGUUGGGGCACUCAGAGUUGUGUUGCAGUCCACUGAGAAAAAUACAACAUUAUGGAGAUUACAAAAUCAGCAACAUGCAGGAUGGACCUAUGCACAGGUGAACAUUCUCAUCCAGUAUUCCUGGGGUCCCUGCCUUGGUGGAAGAUGGCUGUUAAUAAUAAAAAUAAUAAUUAUAAUUAUUAUUUUUAUUUUUAUUUUUAUUAUAUUAAACAUCUCCUUACCAGGUGGUUUUGGUUACCUCGAGUCCUUCAACACACAACACACAAGUCGCCUCAAGAGUUCUCUCCUCCCUCAGAAUCAGACGUUCUGCCUUACAUUUUGGUUCUCUGAGAUCUAUCCCGAUCAUUCAGCCAAGUUGUCUCUCAUCAGGUUGGUGGCAGGGAACGAGGAGGUAGUGUGGAGUGCCCUCCAGAGCACAAUUACCAACCCUCCAGUUGCUGUCGACAAUGAUGCCACCUGGCGGUAUGCUCAGGUGCUGCUUGAGAACCAGGACAGUGAUUACCAGAUGAUCAUAGAAGGCAGAGUAACCCGCAGCGCCUGGGCCAUUGAUGACCUCCUUUUCAUCCCCAACCGUGAAGACUGCCGCUACAAGGGGCAUCAAACCUGCUGGGUCCAGUGCCUUAGGCAGGCAGCCAAAUUCAAUUCAAGGGAGAAAUGAAGUGACCAACCACUUUCUUCAUCUGAGCAGUUUUUGAUACAGAACUACAUGGAUGAAACCCCGGAUGAAACCCCAUCUCAACAAGGAAUCAACCUCUAGGCUGUAGGGGUUUGCAUACAGUAGGACCUGUAUCUGAAGGAGAUAUGCUCAAAGAUCUACCAUGGAUACCCAAAACUGUGGAUAGUAAUGAACCCUACAAGUAGUUUUUCAUUUACAUACAUACCUAUGAAAGUUUAAUUGAUAACCUUUGCACAAAUGGAGGACUAGCAAUUUUACUAAUGGGAAGUGCUUCAGGGCUUCUCUUAGGCUUUAAAGAACUGCCAUCACUACUUUUGCACCACAGGAACCAGACUCACAAUUACAGCCAGUCCUACUGCAUUGACUAUUUAUUUACAAUUUAAGAUGUGCAAUAUUUUUUUUUAUUCAACUUGAAACCUAUUGUACAUAGUGACAUUUAUAAUGUACUUCAUUAGUGUAAGAUGUAUAUUGCAUACUUUAAAUAUGAAGUGUACAUACAGCAGUAUUUACUGUACACCAAAUUAUUACAAAGGCUUGAAAAGAAAAAUUCA